ACUGGUCUGUACUCUGGGCGCACACACAAACUAGGCCAAGCCACUCCAGUUUUACCUAGUCGCAGAAGCACGCGCUUGCAACUUGCAAGAACUGCAUCCAUCAAUCUGACCCCCGGCCAUGUCGACGCGAGCUGCCGGCGGCGAAAAGCCAGCCGCGCACGCGGUGUUCUUCCCGUUGCCGGCGCAGGGCCACGUCGCGGCCGCGCUGCACCUGGCCAAGCUCCUCCAUGUCCGGGGCGGCGUCCGUGUCACCUUCGUCCACUCCGACCGCAACCGCCGCCGACUCGUCCGCUCGCGGGGCCCAGACGCCCUCGCCGGUACCCCUAGCUUCCGCUUUGCCGCCGUCCCCGAUGGCCUGCCGCUGCCGCCUUCUGACGAGGAUGACGACGACCACUCUCCACAUCAUUUUGUUGCCCUGUUAUCCUCCAUCAAGGCCUCCGUUCCGCACCUCAAGAAUCUCCUCGACGAUACUGCCACCGCCGGUGCACCGGCGACUUGUGUCGUCUCCGACAUCGAGUGUGUCCUUCUUGCUGCCAGGGAGGUGGGCCUCCCGGCCGUGGCCUUCUGGACGACGAGCGCCUGUGGGCUCAUGGCGUCCUUGCAGUGCCAGCAACUCAUCGACAAAGGCUUAGUUCCACUCAAAAAUGCAGAGCAGCUGAGCAAUGGCUACCUCGAGGGCACGGUCGUCGACUCGGUGCCCGGGAUGCCGGCGGACAUGCGACUUCGUGACUUCGUAAGCUUCAUCCGCACGACUGACCCCGACGACGCCAUGCUCGGCACCGUCCUUCGACAUAUGCAGUGCCUCCGGAUCGUCCCGUCAGCCAUCAUCCUCAACACGUUAGACGAGUUGGAGGGUGAGGUCGUCGCCGCCCUGUUGGCCAUCCUUCCGCCCAUCUACACCGUCGGGCUGCUCCCGCUGCUCGCGGAACGCGUCGUCGCCGGCAGCCCGCUCGACACGCUGCGCGCCAACCUCGCCAGGGAGGACGACAGCUGUCUGGAGUGGCUCGUAAGCAAGCGGCCUCGCUCUGUGGUGUACGUCAACUUUGGCAGCAUAGCCGUCUUGACGAGCCAGCAGCUGGUGGAGUUCGCGUGGGGGUUGGCCAACAGUGGCUACGAGUUCUUGAUGGUGAUCAGAGAUGUCCAAGCCAAGGGUGCCGGCGGCCCGACCGCCAUGUUACCGCUGGAGCUCGUCGAGGAGACGAAGGAGCGGGGCUACAUCACAAGCUGGUGCCCCCAGAGGGAAGUGCUCCGGCAUGAGGCGGUGGGUGCGUUCCUGACACAUUGUGGAUGGAACUCGAUGCUCGAGAGCAUCACUUCCGGAGUACCCAUGUUGUGUUGGCCCUUCGGCGCUGAACAGCCAACGAACUGCCGGUUCGCCUGCACGGAGUGGCGCGUUGGAGUGGAGAUCGGCGGCGACGUCAAGAGAGGGGAGGUGGAGAUGCUUGUGAGGGAGAUAAUGGGAGGGGAGAAAGGGAAAGAAAUGAGGCAGCGAGCUGCCGAAUGGAAGGAGAGGGCCGCAGCUGCGGCUUCACUGCCAGGUGGGUCCUCUUGGGUCACCCUAGAGAGGUUGGUCAGAGAGGUCUUCCAGGCUCAUCAUAAAGAUGACCUCGAUUAAGUAAGUUUCCAUGUGACCCACGUGUACGUGUUUGUUGUCCUAGUUAAGCUGUCUUGUGAUCUGCAAUGCGUACUGUAUUCCUAUCAAAUGACGACGUGUAACUAUGCUACUUCAUUAGGUAGUGGUUUGUUGUCGACUUCCUACGUGGGCCCCUAAAUUAAAUAACCUCCCACUGCUGUGGUUGUUGAACUACAUAAUGAUACUGUAUAGACGGAUGGAAACGUUUUUU